GGCUUUUCAAACUUUCACUCUUCUCUUCACUGUCUGACACUCUGUAAGCUCUCUCUCUCUCUCUCUAUGAAUUUGGGAUGGAGAUUAUUGUAGGGUAAAUUAGUACCGGUUUUGAUUGUUUACGUUCCUGAUUGAUCUAUAAAUCGCAUUGAUUCGGUUUUGUAAUGGCUGAGGCUGAACCUGUAACUGUUCCUAACGCUGAGUUGCUUGAAUGGCCUAAGAAGGAUAAGCGCCGAUUCCUCCAUGCGGUCUAUCGUGUUGGUGAUCUUGACCGUGCAAUCAAGUUUUAUACUGAAUGUUUUGGGAUGAAGCUGCUGAGGAAAAGGGACAUUCCUGAAGAGAAAUACUCUAAUGCUUUUCUUGGGUUUGGCUCAGAAGAGUCUAAUUUUGUUGUGGAAUUGACGUACAAUUAUGGUGUGACGUCAUAUGAUAUUGGAUCUGGUUUUGGUCAUUUUGCUAUUGCAUCUCAAGAUGUUUACAAAUUGGUUGAAGACAUCCGGGCUAAGGGUGGGGUUAUCACUAGAGAGCCUGGUCCUGUUAAAGGUGGGAAAAGUGUCAUUGCCUUUGUUAAGGACCCCGAUGGUUAUGUUUUUGAACUUAUCCAAAGAGGUCCAACUCCUGAGCCACUCUGUCAAGUAAUGCUUCGUGUUGGUGAUUUGGAUCGAUCCAUCAAGUUCUAUGAAAAGGCCUUGGGAAUGAGGGUGGUGAAGAAGGUUGAUAGACCUGAAUACAAGUACACCAUAGCCAUGUUGGGAUAUGCAGAAGAACAUGAGACAACUGUUCUAGAAUUGACUUACAAUUAUGGUGUGACCGAAUAUACCAAGGGAAAUGCAUAUGCACAGGUUGCUAUUGGCACUGAUGAUGUAUACAAAAGUGCUGAGGUUGUCAGCCUGGUCACUCAAGAGCUUGGAGGAAAGAUUACUCGACCAGCUGGGCCAAUUCCAGGUCUCAAUACCAAGAUUACCUCUUUCCUAGAUCCAGAUGGCUGGAAAACUGUCCUGGUCGACAAUGAAGAUUUCCUGAAGGAGCUGCACCAGUGAAGAGUAACUGCUUAAUGGGGAAGACUAUGAAUGAUUGAGCACUUUCGUCCUGAUACUCCACUUAGAAUAAAUUGGCUGUCUAGCAUUGAUUGAUACCGAUAGUGUAUGCUUGUUUUGAAUGUGUUUGUCCACUUAACCAGUAUGUUAGUUUAGUAUGUAUGGUUCUCUGUGCGACUCAGAAUCAUAUUUGAGGUACUUGUAUAUGUUGCAUCAAUUGUUGGUAUAUGGAGUGUGGAGCCAAGUUUAUGUAUGUA